GCUGAGUGUUGCGUAUAAUUCAAGAGUUUCAAUAUUAAUUUCGAUUUUGGUUUCAUUUUCGUUCGGCCAAGCGAGAGCAAAAGUGAAUGAAAAUGAUUGUUGAUUAGUUUAAGCCCAUAGCGCCAUGGAGCGCUGUGAUAAUUGGAAAUGCAGAAGCUCUUGGCUGGGAUAUGGAUGAGCUGUUGAUGGCCCUUAGCCUCAUAAUUCCAUAAUCAUUAUCAACGGUUAAUGGUUGCACACGCACACAUAGAUAGACCUUUCCCCACUUUCGUUGUGCUGCGGUAAAAGUUGAGGGUAUAUAAAACUCAGCUCAUGCCAUAGUCAGACAUCAAACAUAGUUAAGCUCUUAGGCUUUAAACAACAAUAAACUAAGAAACCCCCAUAGAACUCCAAGCCCGGCAAAAAUGUUCAAAAUCCAGCUCGUCGUACUUGUUGCAGCCGUCUUUGUGGGCGCCGUGCAGUCUGCGCCAUCGGAUUCGGCCGAUGCGCACGCUGAGAUUCGCAGCUAUGUGAAUGAGCUGAAGCAGGAUGACAACAGCUACAAGUAUCAGUUCGAGACGAGCAACGGCAUCGCGCAGCAGGAGCAGGGUGUGGGAGGAUAUUAUGCCAGCGGCUCAUCGCAGUACUAUACACCGGAGGGCCAACUGAUCCAAUUGACGUAUACGGCUGAUGAGAAUGGAUUCCAACCGCAGGGCGAACAUCUGCCCACUCCCCAUCCCAUUCCGGAGGCCAUUAUCAAGUCACUGGAAUGGAAUCGCGACCAUCCAGAGGAGGACAACGAGGGACAAUACAAUCAGGGCCAUGGCGGCAAUGGCUAUGGCGAGCAGGCCAAUCAAUUCCUGCAGGCGCCGGCAUCUGGUCUGCCAUACGAGAAGAAGAUUUAAAUUACUUCACUGCACAGCCACUGCAGCAGAAGCAGCCGCAGUGGCAGCAUAGGGGGGACCUUUGCCCCCCCGCGUUAGCUUGUUCGUUCAUCUUGUAGUUUAAGUCCAGCCAACUCCGCCUUCAGUCGCCCGCUUCAGCCUGUGUGCCCAUUGAUGUUCGUGUUUUUGCAUAUGCUUAUUGCAUGGCCGAGCCAACAAACAUGAGCAAACAAUCAGCGACAACAGCAUUGGCUCAGCAUAGUUGACUCCGGUGAAGCUGAGGCUG